GUUUAGAACAGUGCCUGGCAUAUUAAAGUAUUUUAUAAGUGUUUGUUGUCACCUGAAUUUUUUUUUACAUGUCUAUUUCCUGUUCAUUCAAGUCUCGGCUAUGGUGUCAUCUCCUCAGACAAGUCUUCUCUCAUUUCUCUAUCUGAAGCAAUACUCUCUCAAACUCUCCAUUAUGUUACUGUUUCGUUUGUGUUUUAUUGUUUGUGUGACAUUUAAUGUUAUCUGAAAUUAUUUUUUUAAUGUAAACUCUGCAAGAGCAAGAAUCUUGUCUGUCUGGUUCAUUGUUGUAUCCCUAGCCUAGAAUAGAGCUUGGUGCCUAACCAAGGCUUCAGAAUUUGUGUUGAACAAAUGAAUGAAUAAAACUACAUUCUGGCGUACAUAAUGUCUGGCAUAUAUAAUGGUAGGUUACUAAAUGGUAACACACUGCGUGUCAGUCACUGUGGUGUUGGGGAUGCAGAUGUGAAGAAUACACCAUCCCUGCCUUUAAAUUCAGCUAAGUAGAGAAAACACACAUAAGUGGGGAAACUGCUAAAAAGAGAGUAUGUACAGAAUGCAGUCUGGGAUCUGAGGAGAGAAAGGGGAGGCUGGAGCAGGCUUCAGAGAAGAGGUGACUUGGAUGAGUAGGAAGUGCCUGCUGGUUGUAGCCAGUGGCCCUGCGAUGAGAGUUGGGUAGGGAAGAAUGGGGAGGGUAGUAGCCUGUUGAUUGCUUCUCCCCUUCUCCUGCAGGAAUUUUUCACAGACAACCUAUGGGGCACUCUCCCUUGCUCAUGGCAGGAAGCGUUGGAUGGACUGAGCCCGCCGCAGCUGGCCACACUGCUGCUGGGGAUGCCUGGGGAAGGGGAAGUGGUCAGUCCACAGCUUAUGCCCUGGCCUUUACCCGGACGCCUGGGUUUCAGAGCCCCUCAGAGUUCCUGGAGAACCCUAGCCAGAGCUCCCGACUGACAGCUCCAUUCCGGAAACAUGUCAGGCCCAAGAAGCAGCAUGAGAUCCGGAGGCUGGGAGAGUUGGUGAAGAAGCUGAGUGACCUCACAGGCUGCACCCAGAUUGUGGAUGUAGGCUCAGGCCAGGGCCAUCUCUCCCGCUUCAUGUCCCUGGGGCUGGGGCUGAUGGUGAAGAGCAUUGAAGGAGAUCAGAGACUGGUGGAGAGGGCCCAGCGCCUGGACCAGGAGCUCCUGCAGGCUCUGGAGAAAGAGGAGAAGAGGAACGCACAGGUGGUCCAAACUGGCCCUCGCCACUCCCCACACCACGUGGUUAGAUGGGUAGACCCUACGGCCCUGUGUGAGGAGCUUCUGCUUCCACUGGAGAACUCACCUCAGGGUGGGGCCCGCUUGCUGCUCACAGGCCUCCAUGCCUGUGGGGAUCUGAGCGUCGCCUUGCUGAGGCACUUCUCCUGCUGCCCUGAGGUGGUGGCCCUGGCCUCAGUGGGCUGUUGCUACAUGAAGCUGAGUGAUCCUGGUGGCUACCCACUGAGUCAGUGGGUGGCUGGGCUGCCUGGCUACGAACUGCCGUACAGGCUUCGGGAGGGAGCCUGCCAUGCCCUGGAGGAAUAUGCUGAGCGGCUACAGAAAGCAGGCCCUGGCCUCCGAACCCACUGCUAUCGGGCAGCACUGGAGACAGUUAUCCGUUGUGCCCAGCCCACGCUCCGUCGGCCAGGCGUGCAGGGGAUCCCCAGGGUCCACGAGCUCAAGAUUGAAGAGUAUGUGCAGCGGGGACUACAGCGGGUAGGGUUGGACCCCCAGCUGCCGCUGAAUCUGGCUGCCCUUCGGGCCCACCAGGCCCAGGAGAACCGUGUGGUGACUUUCUUCAGCCUGGCCCUGCUGCUGGCCCCACUGGUGGAGACACUGAUUCUGCUGGACCGGCUGCUCUACCUUCAGGAGCAGGGCUUCCAUGCUGAGCUGCUGCCCAUCUUCAGCCCUGAACUCUCUCCCAGAAACCUGGUUCUGGUGGCCACCAAGAGGCCGCUGGGUCAGGCCUUCUCUGUGCUGGAGACUGAAGACAGCUGACACAGCACAUCUUGGACCCCAUCUGAAACCACCCAGGUGCCACAGUGGGUGGUGGUCUGCACCUCCUCACCCAGAGAACCAGCAUCCUGCAUCUUCCCUGGAAUCCUGAUUCCCCACAAACCUUCAGCUUCGUAUCCUUUCUCUCCCUCCAUGUGUUAUGUAAUAUUAUGUAAAAAUUUAUUUCUAAUUUAUUAAAAAGUUGAAGUCUUUA